AUGAGGUGUGACGAUCUCCGCAGUCGGCUGGAGAAUCUCCCGCAGGAGCUGUACGAUGAGAUCCGAGCCCUGACUUUUGCAUUCGACUUCACGUCGGAAGCUCGCUGCAUCGACCAGCAUGGCUACAAGCCUCCCAUGCAACUCCAAAUCAACCAAAACCUUCGCGCUCAAUUCCUCCCGCGGUACUACGGCUCAGAAGAAGACUGGGUGUUCGUGUCAAGGUCGCGCUUCGAUAACCACUUCAAAGACGUUGAGAUGUGGCUCAAUUCCCUGUCGCCAGAAGCGUUGUUUGCAGUUCACAAUCGCAAGAGAAGGGCGCUCCCUGGACGUUGCGAUGCUGAAGGCCACUAUUCCAUCGUGGCUGCUGGGCCUGGAGCCCCGGAGUCAGUGAAUACGGGCGUCGAGUGA